CUCCUUCUUUUUCUUGUUACUGACAGAUCAAACCUGCACAAGCGUAAAAUAAACACACAUGUAAUAUUUGUUGCAAUUUGAUGCCGUAGGUUUUGUAAUCGGUGUAGUUGGCGGCGUCUUAAGGCCGAAAAAAAUUGUGGAAAUUAAAUUUGUAUACAACACUUGAGGGAAAAUAGGACGAAGAUUUCAAGAGAUUGAAGGGACUUAAAUUAUCAUAGGAAAAGGUGUCCAAAAUGGAAGAAGUUAAGACUUCCAUCGAAAAGAUGUUUGAUUCAUUUGAGGCAUCAAGUAAAAUCAACACCAAUGCAAAGCGACUGAGCUAUAGCUUCCUCAGCAGCUCCGGUGACGGAAACCGAAAGUCUAGCGAUGAUUCUCCGUUGUCGCCGUCGUUAAAGCGACGCCGUGCUGACGAUGAAAGUGACAUUUCGUUUAACUACAGCAACAUAAGUUGCAAUAGCACGCUAAAUAGCAGCAACCAGUGGGAAGUGCGCAUUUUAAAAGCUGACUUGAUUGAAGCCAACACAAAAGUUCUGCAACUCAAAAAAGAGAUUGAAGAUCGCACACAUUUACACAAAAAUCUUGAACAGCUAUAUGAGGGGCGUCUGAAAAAUCUGCAAACCCAACUGGAUACUGCUGUGACUAAGAACACAGAAUACGAUAAAAUGAUAAAAUUUAUGCGGAAAAAAAGUGCCACCGACAAAGAUGCUCUUGUUAAGAUAAAAAACGAAAUGGCAAAACAGAAACAAAAGUACGACGAAGUCGUCGAAACCCUUCGCAGAACAAAUCGAGACGUGGACAACAAUGCACGAGAGAUAAUUCAUGAUUUGAAUACUCGUGUAUCGACCUUGACCUUAGAUGCCACUCAAUUAAGAACACAAAUUAAUAUGAUGCAAGAUGAGCUCAACACGUUACGUGCACGUAACGAGGAAUUGAACGAAAGCCUUAAACAGUCGAAUAAUCUGUCCAGUCAGUUGGAAAACGAACGAUAUCAGCUGGAAUCGUCGCAAAGAAGAGUUAAGGAGCUGGAAGCUGACCUGGCUAGUUAUGGUGAAUGGAAAAAUUUGUCGAAAGUAUUCCAAACACGCUUGGCGAAGGUAACCGAGUUGGAACGUGAAUGUGAACGCUUGACACGAGACAACAAAAAUCUUCAAGAAACCAUCGGUAAUAAGCUGUUGCUUGAGGAGCAAGUGCAUGAUUUAAAGACACGUCUGGAACUGCAAACAAAAAAUACCGCAAACAAUGUUGAUCUUGGAACCAAAUUGAGCUCCAUUGAACAGGAACUUAAGUUAUGGAAGAAAAUGGCUGAAGAAUUUUGUCCAGCCAACACACUACCAACACCGCUACAACUUCGAUCGUAUAUUGAUCAAAUUCAAAAAGAGCAUUUGGUUCUGGCAAGCGAUGCUGGUGUUGCGAACCUUGAAAAAGCAUCAAUUGAUGACCAAAUCUAUGAGCUUCGCAAGCAAAAUGAACUCAACAUCAAAACAAAUGAAACAUUGACCACCAAUUUAAGAAACUAUAAAACUGCUCUGCAACGCUUGCAGAAGAAGCUCGCGCUUAUUGCCAAAGAACGCGAUUGCUUCAAACAUUUGCUUGAAAACUACGAAAAAGACCUGACCAUCUCCGCGCAGUCAUUUGAUUCUCAUGCUGAUAUCGAGCUGAAGUCUCGAUUGGACGUUGUUGAAAAAUCGCUGGCGGGAUACAAGGAAAUUUGUGCAACAUUGGAAAAAGAAUUGGAGGUUGCACGUAGUGCCAAUAGCGAAUUGAACGGUGGUCUUCCGACGUCCAGUGAGCAGAAUGAACAUCUGCAUAAAGAGUUGGAAAAACUUCGUAUGGAAAAUGACCGUCUUCAACGUCGUAAAGACGAACUAGAGAUGAUUUGCGAGCAUGCAAAAGUUAAGGACGCAUUCAACAUUGGCUGUAAUGGUAAAGAGCUGAAAGUUGUGCACAUGACGAUGAAUCCAGCGGAUGAAUCCGCUGACAAUUACAAAAAUGAAGUGGACAAAUUACGGGCGGAGAUUGAACGGCUCAAGCGUAAAAUUCGCAAAAUGGAAGAUGAACAUCAGGAUUUAACUACACGGUUGAAUGAAACCACUUCGGGUAGUACGACAGUUAGCAUCCAAGAAAUCAAUGCGUUGCGAAACAAAAUCCAGUCACUUGAAAGCAAACAACAGCAUUAUAAGGAAAUAUAUAGAGCGGCUUCCAUGGAAUUCCGCGAAGUGAUUUAUUUGUUGUUUGGAUACCGUGUUGAUCGGAUUGGAAACAGUAACUAUCGCAUAUCAAGUGUGUAUGCUGAAAACGAAGACGAAUACUUAAACUUCCGAUUGAACGAUGGUGGUGAACUGGAUAUGUUGGAAACGGACUACUCACUCACGCUGUCCGAUAUGGUUGGAAAUUAUUUGGCAGCGCACAAUUCAAUGCCUGCUUUCCUCAGCUCAUUAACUUUAGAACUGUUCAAUCGAUCGACGAUGGCAGUUAAUUAAGCGCAAUUUUCAAUCAUUUCAAAAGACAUCCAUAACAUCAAUAUUAGAGGAAGCAAUAUUUGGAGGGCGACCAUAGAUAUUAGGUUUGAAGUUCAAAAUUUUCUUAAUAUGUCAAUUACGAAAUAUUGUCUUGACACACAAAGAUAGCAUAGGUCCCCUUUCAAGCAUUUCGAUAUGAACUUUUCAGUAAACAUACAAUUCAGUUUUAUAGCCGGACAGCGCUCUCCGGCUAUAGUUUAAUCGAAAUCUUAUUGUAAAAUCUCCAUCGAAUGGACUUUGGAUGAUUCUCAUACGGAAACUAAUGUCCAAAUCCUUUGAAACCAUCUAUUUAAGAACCAAAUAUAAUAUUUGCUGUUGUUCUACAUAAGUUUUACAGCGAAAUAAAUUGAAAACAAAUGAAAAGACAAAAAAAA